AGAGCCAUGAUCUUCUCAGUUUGCGCCAUCAUGCUGGCCAACGGGCUCCACAUCUAUCUCAACCUGUUCGACAAAUUCGAGUUUUGCAUUCCGAACAAGUUCGCGUUUUUCUGUCUCGGACUUGUUUCCCGUGUUAUGAAAAUAUUCCAAUAGCACGUCGCGACUGAACAUUCAAAAAAACCGACCACCUCGAAAAAAUACACGUCUCGGUAAAAUUUCGAACCCGAAUUGCUGGUAAAUCCUGGAAAAACGGAGGCCAUUCUCCAGUUCCUCAUCUUCGUGUUGUUGAAUAUUAUGUUCAGCUUCUUCCGGCGGCAGAAACCGAGAGAAGACAAGAGCGCCGAAUCGAAGCAGGGGAAGGAUGUUCAAAAAUCAGUGCUCCCCAUCCGACUCAUCAAGAACAACGACGACAAGAAGAAAGCGUGCAAGAACCACGAGACAACAACUUCUCCGGACAACGGGCACAUGAAGUCCAAACUCGUACCGGAGAUCGAAGUUCCCUCCGGUGGCACCAAGGAGGAAGCUGACACAAAGAGAGCUGAAAACCCAAAUUUGGAGUCUCAAAAGUCGACCGACAAAAUUUCUCCCGCAAACUGUGAUAGAAUCCCCGCAUUUACAAAGUCGACGGCGGACUCCUGCCGACUAGCCUUCUUCGAGGACCUCCUCCAGGACAGGAAGAUCUCUGAAGACGGCGACUCGGGUGUGACGUCACGGGACGCCCGCCCGCCGGCGCCCGGCGCCGAAACCCACGCCACGUGUAAAUGCGGCUCUGAUGUAAGCGAGCCGGGCUAUCUCAGUAGCCCGCAGACGGCCGAACGCGGCGCCCUUCUCUGUGAUAAACUCCUCGCCAAUGAUACGUCACUCGUGAAGGACACAAUAAUCUUGAAGGACGCACUUCCUGUGAACGAUUCGGUCCUUGUGAAGGACGCGCUCCCUGUGAACGAUUCAAUCAUUAAAAAUGAUACCAUCUAUGUGAACGAUUCAGUUCUCGUGAAGGACGCGCUUCCUGUGAACGAUAUAUCUGUCGUGAAGGAUACAAUACUCUUGAAGGACGCACUUCCUGUGAACAAUUCGGUCCUUGCGAAGGACGCGCUCCUUGUGAACGAUUCAGUCAUUAAAAAUGAUACCAUCUGUGUGAACGAUUCAGUCAUUAAAAAUGAUACCAUCUGUGUGAACGAUUCAGUCCUCGUGAAGGACACUCUUCCUGUGAACGAUAUACCUGCUGUGAAGGAUGCGCACUCUGUGAAGGAUUCAGUCCUUGAGACUGAUGCAAUUUCUGCAAAUGAAUCAAUCCCCGCGAAGGAUACGCCUCCUGUGAACGGUUCACCUUACGCGAUUUUGAUAAAUGAUUCAGGGAGUACUACCGACGACACCGAAUCACACCUCGUGAAGGAUGCGCCUUCAGAGAACGGAAUCAACGAACGCACGGAAAAGUACGUGAAAAUUGAUACCGGCUCCUUAGCUUCCGCAUGGGAUUGCGACACGACUGAAACUGACCCGGAAACCAGGAUAAGUGCCCUCCAAGAUUCAAAUUCACCCGAAGACUCAUCUGAACUCGGUAAUUUUAGUCCGGAAAAUGCGGGGAGCAAUUCUACGGAAUGGACGUAUGUGAAAGUACCCGAAUCCAGCGAUCAGCCCUCGAAAGAAAACUUGCAAAAUCCCCCCGCGGAAGAUCCAAAUUUCAACGCCUCGAAGUCAGAGUCGGUCGAAUCGGCGCGGGGCCUUGACAGCGGCGAAGCCGAAGGUGUUAUUACCGGAAAACCCUGUGAUAAACGCAUUCCAACCAUUUUGAUCGAAUGUCCGGACGACAUGGGAAUCACCCCGAGCAGUGUUCCCGAGACGACCGACAGAGAGCGCUGCAGUGAGACGGAUCCGCCGGGCGCUCAGACGCGGUGCGAUUGGGAUCCCACGAUGGGCGGGGAGUGCGGCACCGAGGAAGUUAAGAGUGGAAGUGGAAAGUGCGAAAGUUUUGACUCGACCGAGAGGGAUCAGAAAUUUGAGGAAAGUGGUGGUGCUAAAAGCGAGGGAGGUGUGGAUUGUGACGGGAGUGAUGGAAGUGAUACCAGUGACGAGAAAAGUGAGAGCGAAUCGCGGACUGAGGAUUUCCUCAGUGGCGAGGAUGAGGAGAAGGAGGAUAAAGUAGGAACCUGCCGGAGUGAUGACAGGGAUGAGAAAAGUCAGGCCUCGACGGAAGAACAGAGGCUGAAUCUGGUAAACAAAGAUGCAAGUGUACACGAUAGACUUCAUGAGUUGACGACAGAACUGGCCAAUAGGGAGGCCGAAACGAUCCAACUGCGGUACCAGCUCGAGGAGGCUCAGAAACAACUCCUCAAUCAAACUUGGGGAAUGGAUCGUUGUAAAAACGAUUUAUUGUCAUCACAUCAUGACUCCGAGGGUGUGAAAGAAAGACUGAAAGGCGUAGAAAACGACCGCAACUAUAAUCGAAAAGAUUCCAAUGAAGAUGCAUAUCGCAAAGAAAGAGGGAAUGAGAAUGGGGAGCUGUAUCCGUGCCCGAAUUGCGAGAAGUUCGAGAGAAGUAUAGACGCCCUAAAUAGAAAAGUAAGAGAAUUGGAAGAAGAACUGGCCACGGUGAAACGAGAAAGGGAUAAAUUGGAGGAGGAGGGCAACAGCUGGGAAGUGGAACGAGAGCAAGAAAUCAAAAUAAUGCAGCAGACUUUGGCGGACGCCCAGCGCGAAAAGGAGGAGCUUCGGAAGCGGUUUGAGAAGGAGUUCGAAUCCCUGCGGACGGUGAACACGGAUCGGGAGCAGCAUCUGUUGGACGACUUCGAGUGGAAACUUCGCGAGGUAGAACAGGCCUCCAAGAAACGACUUCAGGCCCGCGAAGAGGCCGUCAGGAACCAGUGCCUCGACCAACAGAUCCAACUCAAAGAUCAGAUCCAAGAGCUCCAGACCAAAAUCAAACUGCAUCAUUCUCACGAAGCAGAGCUUAGUCAAUUGAGAGGUCUCUCAAAUGAACAGCAAAGGUCUCUGAAAGUCGCAACGAGGCAAGUCGAACAGCUCCAGAAUUCAGAGAAACUUCUCAAGGAGGAAAUAGAUAAGCUUAAGGCCUUACUACAGAAAGAGAAAACACACUUAGCAACAAUGCAGGGUAUUCAUAAUCGAGAAAUAGCCGAAAAGGAAAGGAAAUUCCAGUUUAAAUUAGAUCAAUAUAAAACUGAGGUCAAUUCUCAGGUAGACGAAAAAGUUCAGCGUGAAUGCGCGCGGCUUCGGAUAGAACUAGAGCGGAACUAUAAAGAAGAAAGGCGGGCGAACGUGGAAGCGGCCAAACAAGAGAUGGAGAAAGAAUUCCAUCUGAAAAAACAAAACUGGGAUAGGAGGAUGCAAGAGUGCAUACAAGAGCUGGAACUUUUACAAAAGAAAUUAGCAAAUAAGGAUAAAGAGUAUAAACAAGAGUUAGAGAAAAUUCAAACUAUGUCCGAUAGGGACAUGAUGGAACUCAGACGGAAAUUAGACAAAACGGAAAUGUCCUAUCAAGAGAAAUUAGAAAAAGUUCAAGAAAAGUGCGACAAAGAAAUAGAGCGAAUAAAUUGCGAGCGUGAGAAGCGAUUAAGCGAGCGGGAAGAGGAGGUGCGAUCGGUGCGAGCAGAGCUGGAGGAGUUGGAGUCGUCGCGGGCUGAGGAACUGGAGGAGCGAUUGGCCGAGAGCAGGGCCAAGUUCGAGGAGCAGCUCCGGGAGCAAAGAGAGGAGCUCCUCCGGGAGCGGGAGGAGGCCCUGGCCGCCGCCGAACAGAGACACGGCGUCGCCAUCGACAACCUCCGCAACCAGCUCGACAGCAUUUACAGAUCCCGUCGUCACACCGAUUCCCCGCAACAGGAUUCACUGAUGCGCCUUCAUCAGGAGCUCUCGAUAACCUCCGAGAGUUCGACGACAGAUGAAGGGUGCAUACGAGGGAUGGUCCAGGCUUCCGACGACGAAUUCAGUUGUCUCCAGUCUCAAGAAGAAGAAGACCAAGUGGCACCUCUACCCCAACAGGUCGAAACAAAUAAGAGCAAGUGGAAGGAUAAAAAAUUUAGUGCAGCAGAGGAGGGUUGCAUCCGGGACUGUGCUGCCCUCCAGUCUUCUUAUUUGCCUCGCUUCAGGGAUGAUGACGUCAGGGAAGAUGACGUCAGCUCCGCUCUUUUGUCAGCCAUCCUAUACGCUCAACUGGAUGAGAACCGAGAGCGGACCGGAAACACGCAGGUGCUCCAGACACGUUCCUCCCGCCGGAAACGGAGAUCGCGCGGCCAAAGAGGAAGGAUGAACAUCAACUCCAACUUCGCACCAGCCUGAAUCCCUCGUUCAUCCCCCGGGACGGGAUCUCAGAAUGCCCACCAUCCGACCAACAUCCCCGUGUUCAACCGGAAGUGACCAGAAGCAACCAAAUCAUCCGACACCUCCUUCAUCGAACACGCGUUUUCGAUUCCUCAGAAACGUCGUAUUGCAUCCAAGUGUGACGUCACGUAAAGUUGCCCUGCUACGGAAGACAGCCAGUAUGUGAAAGAUGGACGUACCUAUGUGUAGACAUUUUAAAUUAUUACUCUUAUACUUUAGAGACUGUUCAGUAAUAGUUUCAGACUGCAUUCGAGGAAACAGAAUUAACACAGAGGGAGAGGGGGUUUGGGAAUUAUGUACAUGAUACUUCGCCUUCAAUUUUCGGGUUAGGCCAGAAAACGUUCUCCGUGCAGCAAUAGAUAAAUAUCCGGAGAUUUGUGUUGAUUGAUUCACAUUGUUUAUUUCUACUUGAAAAAAUAAAGCAGAGAGAUUUCGAAAAUAUUGCAAUGUGGGUAUGCAUUUUUCCAUCCUGAUUAUUGAUAAAGAUGUAGUUCAAAAGCCGCAUGUUGGAUAUCCACGUAGGUACGUAGGUUAAUGCAGUAAAGGUGGCAAUACCCCUUUCUUCCCUCAAGAAAACCAUAUGCAUAUAAUUAUCAUUAAGCUUUUACGAUUUUCUCGGGAAGUUACAAAGUCUUACUCUUUGCACGUACAGCGAUCUUCCAAAAAGUGGCAAAAAUACGCCUCACCUCGUUUUACCUGUCGUGACAGCAAUCUCUAGCCCCUUUUUCAUUGAUGUACAGUAAAUGCAACUUUUUAUUUUUUAUUUAUGGUCCUAAAGUGCGAUCCUCCUAUGAAGCCAUGAAGUGAAAGGGCAAAAAUGUUGAUAAUCAAAAUAAGAAAUGUACAAUUUUUUUCAUUUGUACUUUCUACGAGGAGAUUUACAUUCUUUCACUUUUACAAUGCGUGGAGUGCAUUUUUUUUAAAAAAAAAAAAAAAAAAAAAACUUGAUAUCCUUUGAACAAUCAGGUCUCUUGGAUGAAUUGAAAGACAUUGAUUUUGACAUUCAGAUGAACCCUCGGAAUAUUGAGAAAUGAAGUUGUGUAUGGGACAAUUUAUUUAGUUGCUUCACACUCUCACACACGUAAAGUACUACGAUUUACGCCGCCCGUGUGUGUCCGUUGGCUUUUGAAGCCAUUUGAAUAAGUGCCCGCAUGCGAUUUUGCGUUAUUGAACCGUGAUUGUUUUAUUAUAAACCUGUUUUUUUACGUAUCGAAAUCCAAUGUUUUGUUGUUUAUACUCGUAAAUAAAGAUGCUCUUGAAUUUC